AUCCUCUCACAAUGGAUCUCUCACAGCUUCGCAAAUUUCAGCUUACAAAAGGCUGUGCGAAAUGUGAUGAUAUAUCAGACUCGUUGAUGGCACCGUACGAAAAGCCACUCUCUUUCAAUAUUGGGUCCGUAGAGGAGUUAUCAUCGAUGCCAUGCGUCGCUCAUCUGGAUCUUCUGGAGCUGCUUCUCACACCAACGAUUUUGGAGGAGCCUUACAGCACGAUUAUGAUCCACAAACUGAGGGAUCCUUACAUUCGACUCUUCGCUGACAGUGGAGAAGAGAAUGAUUAUACGAUUACUUCAAGUCCUGGCUUUGGUCUCGUGAAGAAAGAAUCAACAGGAUACGGGCGCAUCUUGGAUUCCCAAUGGAUUGAUUGCACGUUGAUGGAACAGUGGAAAAGUGAUUGCUGUAUCUUGCAUCACUCUAAGUGCAGGCGUCUUCCUAAUUCAACUUUCCUAGCACCAGCUUCGCCAAACUGGUUGGUAGAUGUCAGCAAAAGAUGUAUAGUUGCAGGCAGGCCGGGCAUGACAUAUGUUGCUUUGAGUUAUGUUUGGGGGGCAGCAAGAAACUUUAGGGCUAUGCGGAGCAAUAAACAGCAGUUGCAAAACCCUGGUGCCUUGGAUUCUGGUGGCCUCGACAUUCCUAGAACGAUACGAGAUGCCAUGAAUGUUGUUGCAAUCCUUCGAGAGCAUUACCUUUGGGUUGAUGCGUUGUGUAUUAUCCAAGAUGAGUACUCCACAAAACAAGAUCAGCUGAACAACAUGGCGUCAAUAUAUGCAGAAGCCACGGUUACCAUCAUCGCGAAAGAUGGCUCUGACUCGUCUCACGGUCUGCAUGGUGUUCCAGGAUCUGUAGCUCGCAACCUACGUCAAGAGAUAUUCAAACUCAGCAAUGAGAGAGAAGCAAUUGUACACCCCUGGUCAGUGGAUAAGAAAUUCACUCCAUGGGCAUCACGGGGAUGGACUUUUCAGGAGGAACUCUUCUCUCCCAGGAAGCUUAUUUUUGAAGGACAGACGAUCCGUUGGGAAUGUAGCGUGGCGACUUGGCACGAGGAUAACGACUUUAACACAAUCACAGAAUGCAACGACGCAGACGAAAGCCAACUUUCCCAAGCCGCUAACCUUUUCACAGAACAGCGGCCAAACAUAGAGUGGUUCGGUCACCUGAUCGCUGUCUACAACAAACGCGAAUUUACAUACUCAGUUGAUACUUUGAAUGCCCUUGACGGAAUAUUAUCUUCAUUAACAACAUUCAAAGGAGGAUUUGUCUGGGGACUUCCACACAUGUUCUUCGACCUGGCUUUACUCUGGCAGCCAGAACUUAAGUUACGUCGGAGGGCACCGAAAGACGAUGAUGAGAAUGAUAUUCUCCCACCAAGUUGGUCCUGGGCAGGCUGGCAGGGGGGGAUAGACACGAAAAGUUGGGAACGGGGGCUCAGCGCAAACGAAGAUGGUUCGGCGCGGGUAUCCUCGGUUGUGACAUGGUACCUUGGCGACUUGCGGGAAGAGAAGCGGGAACUGCUCAAGAAUUGCCCCUCCCUCCCAUUCGCCCACACUAUGGAAAGGCUACUUUCAUGCAAGACAAAAAAAUGCUUCCUCUAUCUUGGGGAGCGGCAGCAUUGUAGAAAUCGAGCAGGUACCUUCUACUCUUUGUUAGAUAAGCAAGGAAAGUGGGCGGGAUCUCUACGGCCUCAUCACAAUAUUCCGGGAGGAGAGGUCGCACAUGAUGCUGGCGAUGGCAUGUGUGAAUUGGUUUCCAUAUCCAAGGGGUCCGUCAGUAACAGCGAAUAUAUCCACUCUAGCUGGAUCGACGAAUGGUACCUACCAGAGAGGCCAAAAUUGUCGGAGAGGUACAACUUCCACAACAUUCUCUGGAUAUUCUGGGAGCAUGGCAUUGCAUAUCGACGCGGCCUUGGGAGGGUGGUGGAAGAAGUUUGGCAAGAACAAGACGGGGACGAAAUAAUGCUUGUUUUGGGUUGAAGUGUUUCAGAGCCAACUAAGACGUACUAUGUCUAACAGUUUAUUUCCCACUUAUAUAAACUGUUGAAUUGGUAAUUACACAAGCUUAACUAGUUACCCAUUCCUUCUAAGGGGGGUUUCCCCCUGAGGUUUCCAGGCCUUUGCCGAUGCCUGAUUUAAGUGAAAUAUUAGCGUAAUUUGCAAGCAGUUGGCAGG